AUGAUUGUUGCAAUAUAUAUAAGGAGGUUUUCCAAAUGGGUAAUUAGCUUGCUGGUCACUUUUUUAUCGCAUGUAAUCAGGGUUUCCAAGUGGUUAUUGGCGAAUUUGCCUAAGCUCUAUGGAGUUAUAACUUCCACACCGAUGGCUGAUAUCACGAUACUAUUUAUUGGCUUGCCCAGCUCGGGGAAGAGCUCAAUUCUUUACUACAUCAAAUUGAAUGAAUAUGUCUUUACGAGCUCAACUGGGCCCAUCGAAGAAUAUGCCAAAUUCCAACUUAAAAGAAACAAAGUCGUCCAACUCAGAUUGCUAGAAAACGGAAAAUCCGAAUCGAUUACACACUUACGAGAAUAUCUGAGUAAAUCUCCCAAUGUAAUAUUCGUCAUAGAUUCCCUGGAUUCCUACGGUCUUGAGGAGGCAAGGAGAAAUGUGUUUGAUAAUUUAUAUGAACACCUAAAUAUACACAAAAACCCUAGAUAUUUAAUACUGUUAUCCAAGCAAGAUAUCAGGGGCGCUGUGAAUGUAAAUGAAAUUGAAGCGUUUCUAAAGAUCCCAGCUGAUAUUUUUGACAAAUGCCACAUUUCUGGAUGCAGUGCUUUGAAGGGUACAGGGAUAAUGGAAUCUAUACAUUGGAUUAUCACAGGAAAGAGAGGCUAUUCAUUGAAUAUUGACCCGCAUGAGUACCUAAUUGAAUGUUGA